AUGGAGACGGCGGCCUUCUCCACGGGCUAUCCGUUCCCGUGUCCUGCGGUCUCUAAAACCUCUUCUGAGCGUCAAUACAGAGCCGACACUGAGACAUACAGCGUGUGUCAAGAACUUGCGUAUCACUUUGCCUGUGAGAAGACACGUCGAGCCGUGCAAGAAUUAUUACGCAAAAGUAACGACACGAGCUAUAGCCAUGUACUUCGAUUCUUCGAGAAAUAUUGCACUCGCGACGAGGCAAUAGCAGAAGCCAAAGAGUCGACUACAAGAAGUGCAUCGCCAUCCGGUCGACGUCUACGCGACCCCAAUGCCUCCGUGAUCUUCCCAGAGCUCCACGCAUUUCCUACCGCUGCAGUGAUUGCCGGGACGGACGCAACGUCCAGUGAUCUAUGGAUUGAGCCUCUAACGCACAAACUACGACGGACCUUCCCUCUUUGUAUCAAAGUCCAACGAGAUGUAGCAACAGCUCGACGAUUCGUCGAGUGGCUCGCUGCAAGAUUGGCAAAAAUAAAGGCAACAAAACAACGAGAGGAGAAAUAUUUAGCGGGGUUAGUGGAAAAGUUCGAUUUAUUGCCAUUAGACCAACCUCCCGUCGCUGUAGGAAGUGUCGGUCAUCGGAUAACCAGACACCAACGUGCCAAGCCUCCGGGUGAUACAGAAGACACCCAGGACGAUGAGAAAGACAAGGACUACCACAGUGACGACAGCUUUCUCUCGAGUUCCGAGUCCGAAAAUAGUGACGAUGAUCUUGAUUUCGGUGAAAAGAAAGGGAAGAAAACUAGACGGAAGAAACACGUGUCAGUGGUGUAUAGUCGGUGGACGAUGACCAAGCUACUGACGACUAUACAGCGAGAUAUCGACGAGCUGUUGUCUCCGCACAACGGAGAUACCAGUCGCGAGUUACUCGCGAUGCUAGACGAGCUGGUUCUUGACAGACUUCAACAAGCCUUGACGCUGGUGAGGAUGUUUCACCCUAAAGACGACGAGAUGGUGAUGCAGAGUAUAGCGUGUCUUGACGAAGCCGUGACAUGGCUACAACACAAGAUCGUAGCGUGUCGAGACGUCGCUGUCAAGAUGCUCAACGUGGCACCGGCGACUAGCUCGGCGUCCGUCCAUAUUGGCAACUCUGAGAUGUCGCUGGCUAAAAUACUGCAACGAGUGUAUCUGCAGUAUACUGCGCUGUUGCGUGAAUGGCCCCUGGAUCGCGAAUCGAUCAACGAUCGCCGGGAAUCCGUCAAGAAAGAAAUGCUCAAACACGAGAGCUAUUACGUGCUAAAAAGCGACGAUACAGCGUCUUGUGCUCAGCCGUUUAUGGUGCUGUGCAUCGAGCAACUUGAGGCCUUUUCGCAACAAGUUUUUGGCGAUUUCCUGGAGAUUUGGACGCAUUUUACUCGAGAGAAUCGGCAGUUUAAAGCGACGAGCUGUACGCUCGGGUUUGUGCUUGGGGUAGCGUCCGCGACGUCCCCAGCACUGCGUCGUUUGGAUCUUACGGUUACGAACCGAUUAGAGUUACAGUUCUUCUCGCUUGUGGACUCCCGUAAGUGCUUUGACGACGUGUUAUAUCGCCAUCGUCGUCUCCCCAGUGUGCCACGUUUGCUGCUGGCGUUGCGUUUUCUAUUGUUCACGCACUUUCGACGUUGUCCUUGGAGUUUCCUGGCACUCGCUAUCGACGAUUUAGGGGAAUCUCCAAUUGUGGCUGCAGCGGAGAUGACGCCGUUACCGCAGCGUCUCUCCAUCUGGCUGAAGCGACAACGACGACGUUCAAUUCAUGCACAAGACAGAACAGAGGAGUCUUCUCUGAGCUCGUGGCUUGCGCUGUGCAGCGACUUGGAGCUAGCAGACUUGGCCUCACGAGUUACGGUAACGGAUACUGUAACCGAGGACUCGAAUUGGGUUACGGCAUUAGAGACUGCGCUAAUGAAGGAGCGACGACGACAAGCUCAAUGGAGAUUGGGGUGGGAGUGUUUCCGCUCGUCUUGUUCGUGGCUGGACGUACGCAUUGAUAGCAACGUGAACGACCUGGACAAGCAGGAAGACGUGGCAGUAACGCACUUGGCGUUAGCGCUUGAAGGGCGAUUGGGGAAAUCCCCACGCUUUACGGAAGUACUGCGACGCUUACAGACAUGCGAUUGGGUAGUUCUGAUAGGGAUGAUCCAGCAUUGGAAAGUCUCGUUCCGUGUGUUUGGCUCACUGGAAGACGACGCGAUGGAGACGACUCUAAACGAGUUGGCGACACUCUGUGCCUAUGCCAGAACCGAGAAGACAUCAGCGAAGAUGCUGUUAGCGUUACGGGAGGAGAUCGUUACGGUGUUUACCACGAGUCUCAUCUCUGUCUUGCUGCAUCCUCCUGCUUCAGCGUCGAUGUCUCGAGCUGAUAAACUCGUGGCCAGUUGGUCGACGUUGAAGGACGCGACUGUAUUGGACGAAAGGUUACGGUUCGAGUACCACGAUCAUCUCCGUAACGCAUUGCAGGACGCUGGUAUUGGCGAAAAUACCGCAGAGAACUCGUGGGUACACGAUGUAGGUCUGGCGUUCCUCUUCUAUCAGGAGAGCGCCAGUGCGAGUCUGAGUCUUGGAGAAUGGUUCGAGAGCUUCUCGUCCGAGCUGAAAGAGGAGACCAAUUCGAAGAAGAAGACGGCGGAUUUUAGAGACGACCCAGCGAUUAAAGCUCGCUUCGUCCGAGCCAUCUGUACGCUGCGUCAUUGGGGCUUUAUCAAGAGUGACGCACCUCGCGACUCGGAGCAGGAUUUCAUCGAGAAAUUGGUCUUUAUCUGA